UCCGUCAACAAAACAGGAAAUACAUGCGUAGAAUGAUACUUAAAACCUAAUGAAGUACGUUUUAAUGAGAACGGUGUGAGUUUGUCGUCGGCAAAGUCAGAUCCACAUACCCUUAGAAUUUCCUCAAGAGGGCGCUCUAACUUUACGAACCUCAUUGAACUUCACAGCAAUCCAGCUACUGCACUGAGCCAGGAUUGUACUGCACUAAAUUUGCAGAAGAUCGCAACGUCCCUGGAAGAGUGCCUGACAUCUGUUGAACGAACCACCAUGGUGCAGGAGAGUAGGGAUGGCUUUGGUGAAGCCGUUGUUCACCCAGCCACUCAGCAAAAAAGACCAGCGUUGUCGUGGGCAGUGAGGAUCAAGAAGAAGCUGAAGACUGUAACUCCCUACCUGGGCAAGUUCAGACCAACUGUGGGACAGUGCUGCCACCAGUGUACCCCUGACAGCCUGGGCAAGAAGCUGGGACAGACCACGCCUUCUCUGGGCUUUCAGAAUCUACUCCGUGUCAAUGAGACGCACACUAGGUAUCGUGGUUGGCUGGUCAGAAGAGUGUGCGGUUUGCUGUUUGUCAGAGGCUGCAAAGUAUACCCCAGUCCUGCUACCGACAGAGUGGAGCGAGUCUGCCAAAGCAACAGGGUGCAAAAGGCUCUUUUCACCACUGGCACAGUACCAAUGGGAGGAGUCACCUGGGAACAACUCACCCCCUACCUCCCCCUCAUCAACACCUGCAUUUCUCCAUCGCUGCUACGGUUUGUUGGCUGGGUGAUACUGAAGGUGUUUGGGUCAGUGUUCUGCAGUAUUCAGGUCAACCUCAACCACAAGGCUUUCCUCCACAGAGCCUCACAGCAGGGUCCUCCCCUGGUGUAUGUUUUUGUGCCUCAGAGCGUUGUGGACUAUGCGCUCAUCCCUAUGGUUCUCUUCUGUCACAACCUCAGAGUUCCCUACACACUCUGUCACCUACAGAUACACAACAACUGGCUCAGGUCAGUCUUGCAGAGACUUGGUGUGGUCCUCCUGCCUCUGGGUCCAAUUACAGAGCAGGAAGCAGAAACAGACUGCCUUUACUCACCAGUCAUGACCUCCUUGGUUGGCGAGUUGCUGUGUGAGGGCCAGGCUCUGAGUGUGUGUGUGUCGGGAAUGAGCGGGCACGGAGGGCAGUGGCUGGCACGCAUCAGACAGGCUGUGACAGAGGGACUGGUGCCGGAUGUCCGCCUGGUACCAGUGGGCAUCUCCUACGACUGCAUCCCCAGCACCGGCACUCCGGCUGGCGUGCUGUCUGCCCUCAGGUGUGUGUUCUCCCUGCUGUUCAGCAGGAGAGCAAGAGGCUGUGUGAGGAUCCACCUGGCCCAGCCGUUCUCCCUAAAGGAGAUGUGCAACACGGGGAGGUGUCGUGUGGAUGGAAGUCGCCCCCUGCUGGAGCUCCUGCUCCCCACCAUCCUACACAACAGGUCUGAUAGGCUAUUUGGCCAGAGAAUGAUGUCAUGGGUCCUGCCCCCAAAUUAUGUGCCUGAGCUCAGCCAAUCAGAGAGAGACCUCAGCAUUGCCCUCACAUUGCACCUUAGCUACUCCAUUAGGUCCUGCAUGGCAGUGAUGUCCACUAGCCUUGUAUCCUGUCUUCUACUGCACAAACACCGCAAGGGGGUGUGUCUGUCUGUGUUGUGCCGUGAUGUGGCCUGGCUGCUGGAGGAGGUCUUGUUCAGGAACCGAGAUGUGGGCUUUGGGGGGAGUCUGGUUGGGGUGGUCUACCACGCUCUCAGUCUACUCGUCCCUCACCUCAUCAUUGCUGCCCAUCCCAACGACAGGUCUGAUCCUCUCAUCGCUCCCCAUCCCUCUCUCUCCGCCACUCUGUCUCUUUCCUGCCACGCCCAGAUACUCACACACACCUUCAUCCAGGAGGCUGUAGGAGCAUGUGCGGUUUCGGCCAUGCUCUAUGAUGUAGCAACCUGUGGCGGUGACGACUGGGUUAAAGGUCAACAGUACAGAGGGGAGAUGGAGUUUGAUGUGGCGCUGUGUCAGGACGAACUGACUGAGAGAGCCCUACAACUCACACACCUACUGCCCCCAGAGUAUAUACCACCGUGUCAGUCAUCUCAUGAUUUUGCUCUGGAUGCAGUGGACACUCUGGUGCGCUGUGGCGUCCUAGUGAUGGAGGAGGUUCCCAGGGACACGCCGAUCUGCGAUUUCUGGAAGAAGCAGGGUACUCUGGCAUGGAGUGCCACGGACGACCCCAACCACUCUGACUCUGAGUGUGAAGAAGGAGAUGCACGCUGCUACAAGUUGAGCCAGCCCAGCCAGUGUCCAGAGCUGCUGUUCUUCCUGUGCAGUCUGAUGGCUGGCUACCUGAGGGCUCUGUGUUGGGCUACAGAUGGACUAGACCUCCUACAAACCCCCCUACCUGAGGCAGUGUGUCUGGCUCAGAUUCACUCCCAUCUGCGUGACAGUGCCCAGAGGGACAGGGGGCACUAUGAGAGCUGCUCAGCGGAGGUGGCACGUAUGACAGUCAGGACGCUGACAGACCUGGGGGUGUUGGUUGAAGGGCAGCAGAGAGGUUGUGUAUUCUUGGGAGUCAGCCAACUCUUUCAACAGACAGACAGCAAAAAGAAACUACGCAGUUUUGUCUCUCAGUUCCUCUAUGAUUAACACACACCACAAGACAAAGAUCAAGCUGUGAAACUACAACUAACACGCACCACGAGACAAAGACCAAGCUGUAAAAGACCGUAAAGUCAGUUCAGAAUUUUCCUUUGGCCAGCUAUGUACACUGUUUAUGUUGAAUAAUGACUUGGCCAAUAAGUGUUCUAAUUAUUGGAGAUGAGAAAUGCAAACGAGUUGAGUUAUUUUUAAUAUGCAUUAUAGUAUUAUGGAAAUUCUUGCAA